GGGAUUUGCGACGUCGGAGGGUACCCAGCUGCUUCGGCCCCAUGGUGGGCUCCCCCGCCCGUUGGGCCCCGCCCCGCUUUUGUACAAAAGACCCUCCUUUUCUGUAUUCUCAUAUUUAUAACCCGAACUUGCCACCAGACAUUGACACCGCGCUGCCUGCCUCCACUCCGCUUCCUUCCUUUCCUUCCAUCUCUUCUUCCCCCUUCCACUUCCUGGGUCCUGGUUUGCUCUUCUUGGAAUCCUUCUCGGGUUCAGGCAGAUUGGAAGUUGCAGUGAAGGCGGUGGGUGCCUUGCUUCUUACCCGUUGGGGAGAGGGACGGAGCAGUUGGAGAGCGAUAAAGAUUGCAGCGACAGGGGAGACCUGCAGGGCUGCAAGUUCUUUCGGGGGGCUUGUCUUGCGGCAACAUGAAGAAGCUGCUCUUCGUCUUCUUCCUCUUCCUGCUAGGCGUCGCAGCAGUUCAUGGUGAAGAUGUUUACCGGCAGGUCACUUUUGGGGCUUGGAUUUGACUGGAAAUCCUGCCCCCUAUGCUCUGCUUGUCCGCUUCGUUCUCCAUGGGAUUCCUUCCUUCACCAGGUGCGUACAUCGGCGUGAACAUUGGCACGGCCAUGUCGUCGGUGCCGGCGCCGACGCAGAUCACGACGCUGCUCCGCUCGCAGAACAUCCGCCACGUCCGGCUCUACGACGCCGACCCGGCGAUGCUGGCAGCGCUCGCGAACACCGGCAUCCGCGUCAUCGUCUCGGUGCCCAACGAGCAGCUGCUCGCCAUCGGCAACUCCAACGCCACGGCGGCCAACUGGGUGGCGCGCAACGUGGCCGCGCACUUCCCCGCCGUCAACAUCACGGCCAUCGCCGUGGGGUCCGAGGUGCUCUCCGCGCAGCCCAACGCCGCGCCGCUGCUCAUGCCAGCCAUGCGCUACCUCCAGAACGCGCUGGUGGCCGCGGCGCUGGACCGGUACAUCAAGAUCUCCACGCCGCACUCCUCGUCCAUCAUCCUCGACUCCUUCCCGCCGUCCCAGGCCUUCUUCAACCGGUCGCUGGACAACGUGCUCGUGCCGAUGCUCAAGUUCCUGCAGUCCACGGGGUCGCCGCUCAUGCUCAACGUGUACCCCUACUACGACUACAUGCGCUCCAACGGCGUCAUCCCGCUGGACUACGCGCUGUUCCGGCCGCUGCCGCCGAACAAGGAGGCCGUGGACGCCAACACCCUGCUGCACUACACCAACGUCUUCGACGCCGUCGUGGACGCCGCCUACUUCGCCAUGUUGUACCUCAACGUCACCAACGUGCCGGUGAUGGUGACCGAGACCGGGUGGCCGCACAAGGGCGAUCCCUCCUCCGAGCCCGACGCGACCCCUGACAACGCCGACACCUACAACAGCAACCUCAUCCGGCACGUGAUGAACAGCACCGGCACGCCGAAGCACCCCGGUGUGGCCGUGCCGACCUACAUCUACGAGCUGUACGACGAGGACACCCGGCCGGGGUCGACAUCGGAGAAGUACUGGGGCCUGUUCGACAUGAACGGCAUCCCUGCGUACACCCUGCAUCUGACGGGCUCCGGCGUGCUGCUGGCCAACGACACGACGAACCAGACCUACUGCGUGGCGCGGGAGGGCGCGGACCCGAAGAUGCUGCAGGCGGCGCUGGACUGGGCGUGCGGCCCCGGCAAGGUGGACUGCUCCGCGCUGACGCAGGGGCAGCCGUGCUACGAGCCGGACACCGUGGAGGCGCACGCGACGUACGCCUUCAACGCCUACUACCACGGCACGGGGAUGGGCUCCGGGACGUGCUACUUCAGCGGUGUCGCGGUGAUCACGACGACCGACCCAAGUCAUGGAUCUUGCGUCUACGCUGGGAAGAACGGGUCAGCGUUGCUGAACGGCACCUCGCUGGCGCCGUCGUCCAACUCCACGGAGGGUGGCUCCGGUGCGCACCGGGCGAUCGGCGACGUCUCAGCUCUCACCCGCGUCGUCUCCGCCGUGCUGCUCUUGAGCGUCCUCCUGUUGUAGAGAGGCUGUAGUUUGUAGUUCUAGGCACCCGCAAUCAUGCAGAGACUUGCAGAGGAGUUAGGCGUUGACGAGAGGGAUGAUUCUUUUUGCUGUCGAGUGGGAUUUGGCCUGGGUGUUGGUUUGUGGAGGGGACUAUUGUCACUCCGAAUGGAAUGGGAUGUGCUUCUGUUGGUCUUGCAUCCGCCAGCCUUCUGUUUUGGUUGGGGACAGAGGGGGGAAUUGGCGAGAAGCCCAGCGAUGGCUCCGUUGUGCA